UCUCUCUCUCUAAUCACAAUCUUCUUCUUCUUCUUCUGCGAUCACACAGACAUGAUCUGUCUCCAGAAUCUUCCCGGCUCCUCUGUUUUGCCGCUCCGGGGUUUCGUAUGCGAUCCCCGGAAGCCUUCCGCCACCGCCGCCGCUCCGAGUCUGGGAAUGCUGAGCAGUAAUACGGAUCUACCUAGAAGCAUGGUUGUCAAGGCGAUUUCUGGUUCCACACCCAGGGCUGAGACAAGUGGUGCUGAAGUAAAAGAGGAAAAGUCUGAGGUGUAUAGUAAUACCAUGACAGAAACCAUGGGUGCGGACCUGACCUAUAGACAUGAGCUGGGUAUGAACUACAACUUCAUACGUCCAAAUGUGAUUGUGGGGUCUUGCCUUCAGACUCCUCAAGACGUUGACAAGCUUCGCAGCAUCGGAGUGAAGACAAUCUUCUGCUUGCAACAAAAUUCUGAUUUAGAAUAUUUUGGGGUUGACAUUGGUGCCAUUCAAGAGUAUGCUAAAGAAUUUGAUGACAUUGAACACUUGCGUGCUGAAAUAAGGGACUUUGAUUCAUAUGAUUUACGUUUCCGACUUCCUGCUGUUGUUAGUAAAUUAUAUAAAGCCGUUAACCGGAAUGGAGGCGUCAGUUAUAUACAUUGCACUGCUGGAAUGGGAAGAGCUCCUGCUACUGUGUUGGCUUACAUGUUCUGGGUACAAGGAUACAAGCUUAAUGAUGCGGUCAUUUUACUGCUGAACAAGCGUUCAUGCUGCCCCAAACUGGAUGCUAUAAAAAAUGCAACUGCUGAUAUUCUUACAGGCAAGACAAAAAGGGAAGUCACAUUGAAAUGGGGUGAUAAUAAGUGCUCUACAGUUGAAAUAUCUGGACUCGAUAUCGGAUGGGGACAGAGGAUACCUUUAAAGUUGGAUGACAAGCAGGGUUCAUGGAUUCUUAAAAGGGAAUUACCGGAAGGACGAUAUGAAUACAAGUAUGUUGUUGAUGGUGAAUGGAAACUCAAUAAAAAUGAGCUUGUCACCUCUCCAAACAAGGACGGUUAUGUCAACAAUUAUCUUCAGAUUGUUAACGUUGAGGAUGAUCCUAACAGUGCUAAUGCCAUCAUAAGGAAGAGGUUGACGGGUGAUGAUCCUGAUCUCACGACAGAAGAACGACUUAAAAUCAGGCAGUUCCUUGAAGCUUGUCCUAGUGAUGAAUGAUCAUUUACGCAAGGACGGAUGGCAUGAAGGCCUUUGCAUGUAAAGUAGCAAGACUGCAAGAGUACAAGUUUUUA